AUGAGCAGGAAGUAUUCUCACGGUGAUUCCGGAGAACUCGAAGUACGGAAAUUUAAUAAAUUUGCAAGCAACAGAACUGAGCGUAAGCAGGAGCGGAUCGUAAAGCGGUUUGGAAAUAAUUUCGCUCCAAAAGGAACUAAGCGAGACCAAAGGGUAGUAUGUUAUUCGUGUGGUAAAAGCGGGCAUAUUUCUAAGGAUCCCGGUGGUCCUGCGAAAGGGAAAAAAUGCAAUAGGUGCCAAGUUAUUGGUCAUUUCGAGAAAACAUGCCGCAAGCGACCAUCGAAGUUUACGGAGCAUGUUACGUCGAAACAAGUCCGAGAAAUAACCCACGAACCGCCCACGUUUGCAACUGAGAACGAGCCAUCCGAAAACAACAACGAGCAGAAGGUGUACUAUACUUUUCAUACUGGAAAUCUGACGAACCUUGUCGAGUGUAAAAUAGGAGGAAUCACAACCGAAAUGCUGAUUGAUUCUGGAUCUGACGCUAAUCUGAUUACCGUUGGAACUUGGGAAAUGAUGAAAUCCAGAGGUAUUACAGUCCAGAGGUGUAGAAAAGGAAGUGACAAGGUCCUGAGGGCGUAUGGUAGUGAUUCGCCGCUAGACAUAUUGGGAUCAUUCAUAGCGAUGAUCGAUUUAGCGAAGCGGUCAGUUAGUGCGGAGUUUUUCGUUGUCGAGAAAGGUCAGCGUAAUAUACUGGGUGAUGUGACAUCCAAGCAACUCGGCGUGUUGAAGAUCGGAAUUGAUGCAAAUGAGGUUCACGAGGAACCGGUGGCAGCAUCGGCACGAAUUCCGAUUCCGUUAGAGAAUGCAGUUAACAAGAAACUGGAUGAGCUUCUUGAAAGAGAUAUCAUAGAACCGAAGAAGGGCCCAGCAACAUGGGUCUCUCCGCUGGUAGUGGCUAGGAAGUCCAAUGGCGAGAUUCGGUUGUGUGUGGAUCUUCGUCGCGUAAAUCGGGCUGUAAUUAGCAAACGCCAUCCCAUGCCGGUUAUCGAGGACGUUUUGGCAAAGAUCGGUAGAGGAAACAUAUGGAGCACGUUGGAUAUCAAGGACGCGUUUUUCUCGCUAGAACUGGACGAAGAAUCUAGAAGUGUCACAACCUUCAUUUCGCAUCGAGGACUGUACCAGUUCAAACGUCUUCCUUUUGGGUUAGUUUCGGCGCCGGAGAUAUUCCAGCGCACUAUGGAUGAAAUUUUGGUUGACUGCGAGGGUACCUAUUGGUAUUUAGACGACGUCGGUGUCGAGGGAAGCACUCUUGACGAACAUGACGAACGUCUGACAAAGGUAUAA